UGCGAUACCAAUCCGCAGUAAUCCGUUCCCGGAAGUUUCUUACUUUAGACAAACUGAAGAAACGGAUUAGAGCAAAAUAGCAUUUAGACCAAAAUUGUAAAUUAACAGCUUACAGACAACGUGGUUCAAUAAUUUAAUCGAAUCAUUUUAAUAUUUAGUAACGCAAAUAGUACGCAACAACAAAGUAGGUCCAGUGGGUGUUGAUCAGCUCCGUUGCAAAUUCGUCGUGUACUUUCCCUGGGAAACAUGUCAUCCCAAAAAGAAGUUUAUCGACAAAAACAGUUACAGGAAAAAUUCCAAGCUAUACUUAAUGGACUGCUAAGGGACGAAGAUAACAAGUACUGCGUUGACUGUGAUGCAAAGGGUCCACGAUGGGCUUCAUGGAAUAUAGGCAUAUUCCUUUGUAUAAGGUGUGCUGGUAUACAUCGAAAUUUAGGAACUCAUAUAUCUAAAGUAAAGUCUGUGAAUUUGGACACAUGGAGUCCCGACCAGGUUGAGUCGAUGACAGAGAUGGGAAACAGUCGUGCGCGUGCAGUGUAUGAAGCGAACCUUCCUGAUGGCUUCAGAAGACCCCAGACAGACUCUAGUUCUUUAGAGGCUUUUAUACGGCAGAAGUACGAACAGAAGCGGUACAUAGCAAAGGAAUGGGUGCCACCAGCAAGACCCACAGGAAAGGCAAUACUUCUUGCUAGUGAAGAUGCUGACAAGAAAAAACCUCGAUCACGUCCAACCCCGAAAGUUGCUUCCGAACCAUACCUGCCAUCCCUUGUGGCCAAGUCGCGGCAGAGAGCGAGUAGCUCUGACAACGAGUCAUUGAAGAUGCCGACCGCAGCGUCAGUAAACAAGGAGAACAACAGUGCAGAUCUGCUAGGCCUCGAUGAUCCCAGCCCUAAGCUGGACAACAGUGAUGAUUUGUUUGGCGGAUUUCUUGGUGCUCCUGCAAUUGCGGAAGUACAAAACAACACACUUACAAACACAUCUGCACUGGAUAAACCUAAGGCAUCGAGCCACAAUGACCUCGAAUCGUUGUUUGGGUCAGAAGGCCAGCAGGUAGUUCAACAAAACAUUGAUAAAUCCCAGUCAACCAAAGAUUCCAUUUUGUCACUGUAUGGAAACAACUCCUACACUCAACCUCAGACCUACGGAGUACCUGUAGGAUCGUUCUACCCUGGGCAACAGCAGCCAGUGGCAAGCUUUACAGAUUUUGCAGGCAUGACGGCCCAGCCUCCAUCAAACAGUCAUUUUCCAACUGAUCCCCAAGUAGCACUGGGUGGCAUGUAUGUUUCUCCCCAACAGAUGGCGGUAGGGUACCCGAAUGGAGCUCCUCAGAUGGCUCCAGCUCCUCAAGCUAAUAUGGGCAUGCAAGGUGUGAUGGGACAACAGAUGGCUAUGGGAGGUGUGGCACCAUCGAUGUAUGGCAAUCAGUUCCAACAGCAGCAGCAGCAGCAACAACACCAACAACAACAACAACAACAGCAACAGCAUCUGCAGCAGGUGCAACAGCAGCUGGCUGGUAUAAAAAUGGCAAACCCCAAUGUAGAGGCUAAUAUCAUGAACAAUGCACCGCAAUGGAACGCAAUGCCCUCUGGAGGCCAAACUCUCUCGACAAAUCUAUGGCAAUGAUGGUAGCAUGAUCUAUAUGCAUUCAUUGACUUUCUCUUUCUGUCUCUCUCUUUGGAAUGGGAUCAAGUGGCUCUCUGUGCAGUGCAGUCUAGAAAUUUUACCUGGCCUCUUUUGGUAUACAUUGGCUGAAGAUCGUAGAGAUGACAUCCAAACGGUUAUUCCACACACACACAUAUAUAUAUAUAUAUAUAUAAAAUUUCACCUGGAAAUUCC